GUUUGACUACUAGGUGCGGCAAGUGCACGCGAAAAUGCCCCUCAUGCCGAGAUACUAUCGUAAGACUCGAGUAAAGAACAUAUAGAAAACAUCAACAAGUAUCCUUGCUCCAAUUUUAUCUUGACUUCAAUCAUGUCAUCUAAUAAGCCUCAUGCCUUUAACCCGGAGAACGUACCGGAACCUCCCCCAACGUACAACCAAGUCUGCAUCACUCCAAUAGUGCCGACAUCCAAAUUGGUCACCCUUGCUGGUCAAACUGGCCUUCAAAAAGACCAUACCAUCCCCUCCGACAUUAAAGAGCAAGCAAAGGGUGCCUACGAUAGCAUUCACAAGUGCUUGGCCGCCGCUGGAGCGACACCACGAGAUAUUGUGCAUGUUCGACAUUACAUCGUCAAAGAUACCGGCAACCCAGAGCAGGAUCGAAAGGAUGUUGUAGAUCGCGGCUGGGGAGAUAUCUGGAUUGAAUAUAUGGAUAGGGAGGCGGGCGGGCAUAGACCACCUGACACAGUUGUCGGUGUUGCAAGUUUGGCGAAGAAGGAACUGCUGUAUGAGUGUGAAGUAACGGCUAUAAUCAGCUAGUUACUGGCUUUAAACAUUGGACUGUACUUAUGGUUUGGACCUAGCCAACGAAAGCAUGUGCAUUAAGUACAAAUAUGAUGAUUCAUCUCCUCAACAUCUCAGCAUGACAUUCAUAGACGUCAAACUCACCAAUCGGUGUGCAGAGCAAUUUG